AUGAUUGGUGAAAGUACAUCAGGAGAUGUGAAUCCAGUUCUCACAAGAAAUAUGUCUACAAAUAAGAGUACACCCGUAAGCUCACCCUCGUUAAGCUUUCGGUCAUCGCCGCCAGAAAACAAUAAUGAAGGUUCGCAGGUGCAGGGAGGCAAUUUAACGAAUGGAGAGGUAGCAUCAAGUACAAAUCCACCGGGAGUGAGUGUGGAUCGAAAUAGCAGGACUAGUACCCCUAAUGAAAACGCGAAUGCAACGUCGGGCACAUACAUUCCAACAGAUGGACCAAGUUCAAAUAUUUCGCUGGCAAAUGGCCCAGGACAAUUUGAGAAUAUAGGUCCUACAAAUGGGUCACUGACGAAUAUCAUUUCGAAGACUUCUUCCAACGCUACCAAUAAUCCUCCGGCCCCCACAAGAAGAUCGUCCUUUGGAUUAGGGUUUUUAAGUUCUCUUACGAAUUCUAUUAGAUCACAGCAUAAUACGUCAUCAGCGUCUGAAACACCCCACAAUUUCAUGUCGAAUAGUCCUACUAUCGCCAACUUGAAUAAUUAUUCGAUGUCGUUAUCGGAGCCAAUUGAACCUGUGAUUAGUGAAGAUGCUAUGCCCCCUCCAAAUGAUACCAAUGCAUCAGAGUCAAGCAACAGUGAUUUUGACCACAAUGCGGAAUUAAAUAAUUUAUCUAAUUUGAAUGAUGAAGCCAUAGACGGUGAUCGGACGCGGGUCGCAGUGAACAAUCCGUCUGAGGAUCAGUUAGUAGAAGGGUCAAACAAGGGUGUUGAGAAUGGAAUUGAUAAGGAUGGUUAUUUUUCGGUGAGAUUGACACCAUUAAUAGAUUAUUCGUCGUCCGCGUCGGGGUUAUACUUUUCACCUAUCAUACGGAAAGUAAAACCUACUAAUAGUAUCACAAUAGGCAGAUAUACAGAAAAGAAUAAGAGUGCAGCACAUGCCCCUCAAGGGUCGUCGGCCCCAAUAGUUUUCAAGUCAAAAGUUGUCUCGAGAACCCAUGCAUUAUUUCAAUGUAACGAAGACGGGCAGUGGUUUUUGAAAGAUUGCAAAUCAUCUUCGGGCACAUUUCUCAAUCAUAUAAGAUUAUCACCAGCAUCACAAGCUCUGACAUUAAUGCCAUUAAUAGAUGGUGAUAUAGUACAAUUGGGAAUGGAUUACAGGGGUGGUACAGAGGAAGUAUAUAGAUGUGUCAAGAUGAGAUGUGAAUUCAAUAAAAGUUGGCAACGUAAGGUUAACCAAUUCAAUUUAGAAAUUCACCAGAAGUUGAAGAAUAUGGCUAUAGGCUCAAACGACAAUGAUAUAGCCAUGAAUCCAAUAAAUAAGGCUCUAGUAAGUGAAAAUUUAUCGGAGUGUGCAAUAUGCCUACUUGAAUUAGAACCAUGUCAAGCAUUGUUUAUAAGUCCUUGUUCUCACUCAUGGCAUUAUAAAUGUAUUAGGCCAAUCAUUAUCAAAAGUUACCCUCAAUUCUACUGCCCUAAUUGUCGGUCAAUGUGUGAUUUGGAAACAGAUAUAGAAGACGAGGGUGAGUAA